AUGAUGAGUAUAUCAACAACAACAACAACAAUAAGAGCAGCAGAAUCAACACGUUUGUCACAUCACAUGUUAACAUAUCAUCAUUCAAUCACUCACUCCUAUUUAUCUACUAAACCAGCAACCAGAAAAAUGGAAAAUGAAGAACAACAAGAGGAAGAUGAAGAUGAGGAAGCUAACAACUCACCCGAGUCUACCACAUCAACGACAGCAGAUCAACAAAAAUCAACAACAAAAUCAAAGAAAAAAAUACUCACAUUAAGAUCAUUUAAGAAAUCAAAGAGUUCAGAAAAGUUGAAUAAUCAAUCGGAGAGUUUUGAUAUUUCAUCUCCGACUUUGAUGUUUUCAACAUCGGAACAACAUAGCAAUAGUAAUCAAAAACCUCAAGAGAUAUCACCACUAUCAUUAUUCAGUCAACAUCAACAACAACAACAGAAACACUAUUUAUCACCGACAUCUACAUCACCAGCAAGUGCAAUGUCGCCAAUUACACUAUCACCAUCGCCAUCGUCAUUGGGAACACCACCGAUAAUGACAACGAUAACAUUACAUAAUAACGAUAAUAAUAACAAUGGCAAUUCAGAACAGGUUUCCGAUGGAAGACCACCAGUACCAAAAAGAAAUUUUACAGCAUCACCAACAACACAUUCACAAACACCCGCUGUACCACCGAGAAACAAUGGAUUAACAAGACCUGUUUCACCGAUAAACAACAACAACAACCACCAUCAACAACCUCCACCAACAGCACCAAGACCACUACCAACUCCAUCGCCACCCUCAAACUUCACAGCUACAACAGAUGGUCAACAACCUAAAAGAAUGGUAAAUCUAAGACCAGUAACACCACCACUUUCAAACAAUCAUUCAAAUGCAAAUGCAAUCAACAAUCACAAUCACAAUCACAAUCCAAAUCCAAAUCAUAGACCAGUUUCACAACCACCUGGAGCACAACAACAUCCAGUAAUUCCACCAAGAACUCGUAUAAAAUCUGAUACAAUUGUACCUAAUAGUAGUGGUAGUAAUGGAUUAUCUCAAAAGGAUAACUGUAAUUCCCAGCAUGAAAAUGGAUCACUGUUGAAUGGUCGCACGAUAUCUUUGAUUGGUCAGGAUGGUGGACUUUCAAGUCCGUCCACCUACUCGCCAAACUUGAGGAGCAACAACAGUAGUGGUGGUAGCAAUAGCAGUGGUGGUGAACUGUCGUCAUCCGAUGAAGCCAAACGCAAAACCAUGCGGCAAAAGAUGUUGUCCAGAAAGACUGCAUCGCUGUCGCUGCGCGACGACGACGCGCCCGGAACUGACGACGCCGAUGCCGACGCUGAAGAAUACGGAAGUAGCUACGAGAUGUCGCCUAGCUCUGGAUCAUCGAGUGGUUCGUUCUCAUCGUUUACAACAACGACAACAUCGUCGUCAUCACCCAACGAUGGUUCUUCAAUGGACAUCAAUAACAACAACAACGGUUCAGAUGUUGUGUCGUCACCACCUACUACAUCUGCAGCAGCAGCAACAGUACAACAAAAGAAACGUGGAUUCUUCAGUAGUAAACGAUCUACUGUUGCGGUUGACUAUGUUGAUCCGAAGGAGUUGAUCAUUGAGAAACUGAAUUGCGUUGAACAGGUGGCGUCGAGACGUUCGGCGCUUCCACCGAUAGCGACUAGCACCACUACCAACCGAGUGGUCAAAGAACUGAUUGAAACCGAAGCAGACUAUCUCGAUGAUCUCUACAUUCUUAUCAACUACUACAAGAACAGUAUGAUUGAACUAUCGCAACACCCAUCGAUGAGCAUCAAAAACGAAGAUAUCAACUAUGUAUUCUCCAAUGUCGACGAACUCUAUGUCAUCAAUCUACGCCUAUUCAACUCACUACUAGAAAUCAUACCAAACAUGGAAAACAUCAAUAACUAUCCAAAUGUAGAUGAGAUAUUCUUUAAGCAUACCAACGCUUUACAAAGAUAUGUAACAUAUUUAUCAAAUCAAGAACAAUGUAAUAAGCAAUUAGUAUCAUGGGAGAAUAAUAGUCAAUUAUCUUCUAUUUUAACUCAUAUAAAAUCACUACCAGGUGUAAAGAAUCAAAAUAUAUCAUCAUAUGUAAUAAAACCAGUACAGAGACUAUGUAAAUAUCCACUGCUAUUGAGAGAGUUGAAGAAUACGGUACCGGAGGAGAAUGAACACUAUCGUGCUUUCGAGAGAGCAGCUAAGCUGAUGGAGAAGAUCGUAUCGGAUAUCAACGGAAAGAUAAAGAACGAAGAGAAGAUCAAUGAGAUUAGAGAUCUCAUCGGUAAGGAACACGAUUCACUUCUCCUCAAGAAAACACUCCUCAAAGAGGGAAAGACAAAGAUCUUCAAAAAGGAAACCGGAAAGAGUCAAGACGCCACUCUCUACCUGCUCGACGAUAUCAUCAUCGUCUAUAAAUCAUCCAUACUUCAAAAGAAUCGCGUUGUAACCAUUUAUCUAUCGAAUCUACUUGAUAUUAGAGAUAUUGAAACAAAAGAGAUUAAAAGUGGAUUCGAAAUAUUACAUCUUUGCAAAGAACAAGCGUAUAGACAAUCAUUUUCUGCAGAGAACUACGCAGAUAAACUACUGUGGAUUAGAGAUAUAGAGGAUGCAGUUCACGCAUAUCAAGUCAUCACAGGACAACCAAUGUCAAAUUAUACAUAG